AUCACAGAUAGAACAAUGAGAGUUAGUUAUACAAAUAUUUGGUACUACUGUCUUUGGCUGAAGGAUUUCCGACUACAUUUCCCGAGAGCCACCAGCUUUGCGGCGCAUGCCUAUAAACGAUUGACUGGCCACCUCGUGACCACUCUGAUUUCAAGAAAUAGGGGUGACCUCUUGUUGCUAGAACAGUGGGAGGAUAGUCCAAGUUACCAUACAAAGAUGUCUGCUGAACCUGUUCGUGUUCUGGUGACCGGCGCUGCUGGGCAGAUUGCGUACUCCUUGUUGUUUGGCAUCGCCAAGGGAGAUGUGUUCGGCAAAGAUCAGCCAAUCACCCUGAUCUUGCUGGACAUCACCCCCAUGUUGCCAGUCCUGGAUGGCGUGGUCAUGGAGCUACAGGACUGUGCCCUCCCACUCCUCAGAGAGGUCAUCCCCACAGACAAGGAGGAGGUUGCCUUUAAGGACCUGGACGCUGCUAUCCUGGUGGGCUCCAUGCCCAGGAGAGAGGGUAUGGAGAGGAAGGAUCUGCUCAAGGCUAACGUGGCCAUCUUCAAGAGCCAGGGUGCCGCGCUGGAGAAGUACGCCAAGAAAACUGUCAAGGUCCUGGUGGUAGGUAACCCAGCCAACACCAACUGUCUGAUCGCAGCCAAGUCUGCCCCGUCCAUCCCCAAAGAGAACUUCUCCUGCCUGACCCGUCUGGACCACAACCGAGCCCGCUCUCAGGUUGCGAUGCGCUGCGGCGUGCCAGCCACCCAGGUAAAGAACGUGAUCAUCUGGGGCAACCAUUCGUCCACCCAGUACCCAGACGUUCACCACUGCAAGGUCAACAUGGCGGGCAGCGACCUGGCCUGCUUCGACGCUGUUAAGGACGAUGACUGGCUCAAAGGGGCCUUCAUUUCUACAGUGCAGCAGAGGGGUGCUGCGGUUAUCGCGGCCAGGAAGCUGUCCAGUGCCAUGUCUGCAGCCAAGGCUAUCUGUGAUCACAUGAGGGACAUCUGGUCAGGCACUCCUCAGGGAGAGUUUGUCUCCAUGGGUGUCUACUCCAGCAGUAACUCCUAUGGUGUCGCUGAAGACCUCAUCUACUCAUUCCCUGUUCACAUCAAGGACAAGCAGUGGAAGAUUGUGGACGGGUUGGCCAUCAACGACUUCUCCCGAGGCAAGAUGGACGCCACGGCAGCCGAGCUGGUGGAGGAGAGGGACACCGCCGUCACCUUCCUCAGCGCUUGACUACGCUCCCAGCCACGGCAACCAACCCGGCAACAGCACUUGGAUGCAGAACCCACACCUCCAGACUCACGUCUGUGAUGCUGCAUUCACGUGCUACUCAGAAUUUAGGAAACUCUGGAAUAUCCAACUUGGAAGUUCCAUAUGAACGGUUUAACUUCAUACGUUUUACAGCAA